CUCAUUUUUUCCUGUAUCCUUCAAAAUCAAAUCUUUGCAAUCUGAAACUAAUCAAUUGCUCAAAUUUCUUUUUCUUAAUUUUUUUUUAUUCAAUAGAAUACAACUUCUGCUUCUACAAUUUUUUUUUCAUUUUCAUCUUACUUUCCUUUACCGGUGAAUCCGAGCUUGAUCAUUGUCGGCGAUUUCUAUUUUUUUUUUUUUGUCCCUCAGGCUUAUCUCCUGAUGUUGACCAAACAAAGUUUCACUCUUUGUCUUAUACUCUUCUUCGUCACAGCAUUGUCCGGCGAUUCCAGAGCUCUCGACGGAAACAAUGAGCAGAAGAACAUCUCGGGCUUUUCUGGGUUUGACUUUCCGAAUCCGAUGCGCUUCGGUUCUGUUUCUUCUUCCACAACCAACGAUUGCGGUUUCUCUUCGCCGGAGAACGAACCCACCAAAGAAAUGACUGGAGAAAACAAGACCGUGAGGUUUCAUUUAAAGCGUCGGGAGACGACGAAGAAGCAAGAAACAGACAAGACAACAACAAAAAAUUCUGUUCUUGAGCUCCAAAUCCGAGAUCUCACUAGAAUCCAGACGCUUCACAAAAGGGUCUUGGAGAAGAAGAACAAAAACACUGUUUCCAGUCUCCAGAAACAGAAGAAGAAGGAAGUGGUUACCUCUCCGGUGGAGGAGCAGCCUGGUCAAUUGGUGGCUACACUUGAAUCCGGUAUGACUCUCGGUUCAGGCGAGUACUUCAUGGACGUUUUGGUUGGUUCACCACCAAAACACUUCUCCUUGAUUCUUGACACAGGGAGUGAUCUAAACUGGAUCCAAUGCCUGCCUUGCUACGACUGUUUCCAGCAAAACGGUGCGUUUUACGAUCCUACAGCCUCUGCUUCCUUCAAGAACAUAACUUGCAACGACCCAAGAUGCAACCUAGUCUCAUCACCUGACCCUCCAAAGCCCUGCAAAUCAGAUAGCCAAUCAUGCCCUUAUUACUACUGGUACGGGGAUAGCUCAAACACUACCGGAGAUUUCGCUGUCGAGACUUUCACGGUUAAUCUCACGACAAGUGGAGGGAACUCUGAACUGUAUAACGUCGAGAACAUGAUGUUCGGUUGUGGUCAUUGGAACAGAGGUCUCUUCCAUGGUGCUGCAGGGUUGCUUGGGUUAGGAAGAGGACCACUUUCGUUUUCCUCUCAGCUUCAGUCUCUUUAUGGCCACUCCUUUUCUUAUUGCCUUGUCGAUAGAAACAGCGAUACAAACGUUAGUAGCAAGUUGAUUUUCGGUGAAGACAAGGAUUUGCUGAGACACCCGAACCUGAAUUUCACUUCUUUUGUUGCCGGGAAAGAAAACCUCGUCGACACAUUUUACUACGUGCAGAUCAAAUCAAUCCUAGUGGCAGGACAAGUUCUAAAGAUACCUGAAGAAACAUGGAAUAUCUCAUCUGAUGGUGCUGGAGGGAGCAUCAUUGAUUCAGGUACAACCUUAAGUUAUUUUGCGGAACCAGCUUAUGAGAUCAUCAAGAACAAGAUUGCUGAGAAAGUGAAAGGGAAGUACCCGGUUUACAGAGACUUCCCAAUACUAGAUCCUUGCUUCAACGUGUCAGGCAUCGAAAACGUCCAGCUUCCUGAGCUUGGGAUUGCUUUCGAAGAUGGAGCAGUUUGGAAUUUCCCAACGGAGAACUCUUUCAUUUGGUUGAGUGAUGAUUUGGUUUGCUUGGCGAUUCUUGGAACUCCAAAAUCAGCCUUUUCCAUCAUUGGAAACUACCAGCAGCAGAAUUUUCAUAUACUCUAUGAUACAAAGAGGUCCAGGCUCGGGUAUGCACCCACAAAGUGUGCAGAUAUAUAGCCUUCUUGUCGAUUUAUACAGAUAUGUCACACAUCAAAGCAAACUGUACACAAAAAGGUAACAACAACAAGAACAGAUUCUUAUUCCCUUGAUUUAUUUUAUCAUUCUUUAGGAGAUUCCUUCAACAAUGUAUUGCUGUAGAACAAAGAUUAUAUCAAACUAAUGUGUAGCUAUUCAACUUCAUUUCUGAAUACAAGUGUGUUAAUCUUG